UUUGCCUCAACUUCCUUUUCUUUAGGAUGCGGGUGAUAGUAUGGCGAACAUGUAAAAUUUGAAAUGGGUUAAAAAUGUUCAAAAGAAUGUCGCAACAAAGAAACGAUGGCCUGCCCAGUCUACACUCGAGAAAAGCUCAACUACUUCAGAAUUUGUCAUGUAGUCACUGAUAUUCUACCACAAGGGCUGCGAUCCAUUUUUAAACAGGAAUGGGACAGUCGUUACCAAGUAACGUUGGGAGAAUGGAAAGACACACCUCAAAAUGGACUGGAUUUCUACGUCAAGGAGUCUUCCCGGAGCCGACCACAAGAUGCUCGUCUGCUGGAAACGAUAAGAAACGGAAAUAGGGCACAGUGGGAUUGUACUACACUCUUCUUUGCAAUCCUUUACUCUAAUUCUAUUGGCCACGGACUCAGUGCAGCAGUUCGCUCCAGUGUCGAUGAUCUCAGAGAGUUUCGCAAUGAUGAGUUCGCUCACCUGCCACAUGGUCAGCUAUCAGAUUUACAGUUCAGAGUCGCUGUUCGUAAAGUUGAGAACGCAUUUCAGUCACUUGGUCUCUCAGUUGAUGAAAUUCGGAACAUCUGCAAGCAGAAAACUUUCCCGACUGAAGAGCUUCAAAAUGUUUUGAAAAACGUUCAAACAUCUGAAGAACAACGCCGGUUCCUUGAAGAACAACACCAUAUUCUUGCAGAGCAGUUACGUAGUGAUGUUUCUUCAUUCUGCAUUCUUCCACCUAAACCAUCACACGAAAUUGAACCUCGCGAAGGUGAGGUUUGUAAAAUAACGAAACAGCUUGAACGACUAAGAGAAGGAAAUGAAGAUGGUUUGAGUUACCUAUAUAUUUCAGGUAACCCUGGAAGUGGUAAAUCUCAACUAGCCGGUCUAGUAGCUCAAAAAUUCUACGAAACAGCUAGCAAAGACCUCAAAUCCCCCACAUUUGUAAUGACUCUUAACGCUGAAGGUUCAAUAACGCUCCUGGAAUCGUACGCUUCUUUAGGAAGACAAAUCAAAUGCCUUGAAUCCACCAUAAUGCAAACCCUUAACUCAACAAAGAUGCAUUAUAAAGAACAAUUAAACAAUCUAAAGGAUUUAAUAGCAACCAAAAUUCCUCUUUACGGUUCUUGGCUCAUGGUGGUCGACAAUGCUACAAGGUUAUCUGAAGUAAAUGAUUUUCUCCCCCUGCCCAGAAACCAACAAUGGAAGAAGGGCCAGUUGCUAAUCACAACACAGAACACUUCUUCCAUCCCCUCUGAAAGCUCCUUUGUCUCUCACAUCUCAGUUAGCGAAGGCAUGAGGCCUAAAGACGCUUGUUCUUUUUUAGAGAAGGUUUCAGGGAUUAGACACCAAGGAGUAGAAGGUAAAGUCGCAGAGGCAUUAGAUUACCAACCUCUCGCACUGGCUAGUGCAGGCGUGUACGUCAGAAAGAUUCGUGAAAGUCAAGUUCAAAGUCAUAGAACCUUUGGAUGGAAGGAGUACUUAGAAAAGCUAGAAGGAGGUAUGCGAGCCCUUACUGAAGAGGAACUGACAAAAACCAACCCAUGUUAUAAGAAGUCAAUGACUGUUGCAACCAAGCUGGCCAUUGAAAGAGCGAUAAACAACUACAGUAUUAUUAAAAGUGCAUUUACACUCCUUUCUCUUUUUCCUCCACAACCUUUGCAUUUCGAAAUCCUUAUGAAUUACAUUUUGAAUGAUAAAAAUCCUUGUUCGGAUAAAGAAGAAAUUGCUCUUCAGAUCCAAGGCAACUCACUUUUUAUGUUCGAAAAAAGAGAAAAUGGAAAUUUCGUCAGGAUGCACAGAGUUGUGCAUGAGGUGAGCAAAUCUGUUAUCAACGAGAGCCAGGAGCCUGAUGAACACCAUCACAAUGUUGCAUUAGCUGUAACAUCAUUCAACCAAUUCAUAGACACUUACCUUUCAAACAAAUGGCACGACCAAAACUCUACUCCUGACAGUGAGCAUCUCAUUCCACACCUGACUGCAUUUGUUGCAGAAGUUAAAAAUGUCUUUCUUCGCAAAGAUAUAUGUCAAGAUAUCAAAGGAGAUGUUUUUAAACAUUCCAGUGCAUCAGAAUGCUUUAAAAGGCUAGCAGUAAUUUGCAGGAAUCACCGCGACAUUUCAGGCGCAAAAGUCUACUGUGAAACAGCUUUGAAACUGGCUAAAGAGGAUAAGGAGGAAGGGCAUUGUGAGUUCGGACCCACACCUCUUUCCCUUGCGGCUAUUUACAACUUACUGGGCAAAGUUCUGCGUGAGUUGGGUGACUUGCAGAAUUCUAGGGAAAAUCAUGAACGUGCUCUAGACAUUCAGUUGAAAUAUUAUGAGCGCGCGCAAGUUGAUGUGGCAGAUACAUACCACCAUUUAGGUAAUGUACAGCACGACCGGGGUAACCUGGAGCAGGCCAUGAAGUAUCACGAACGUGCUCUAGAAAUCCAGAAGGAGAAUCUUGGUCAUGAUCAUAUUCAUUUGGCAUCUUCCUUCACUACCAUGGGUUUCGUGGAGAGCGAACUGGGAAACCUACAACAUGCACAGCAUUAUUUUGAACGUGCUCUGGACAUUAGGUUGAAAACGCCUGAACAGAAGGAUGUUAAUGUUGCGCGUAUUUACCAUGAGUUGGGUAAUGUACAGUGUAAAUUGGGUGACCUGCAGAAGUCCGAAAAGUCUUACAAAAGUGCUCUAAAUAUUUGGUCAGAAAAGCUUGGACCCGAUCGUGUUAAUGCCUCGCGAACUUACUUUGGCUUGGCAAAUGUGCAACGUAUCUUGGGUAAUCUGCAACAGGCCAAGGAGAACUGUGAACAUGCCCUAGAAAUUCAGUUGACCGAGCUUGGACGCGAACAUGAUGAUGUUGCGCUCACUUACUCCAACUUGGGUGGUAUACAGCGUGAAUUAGGUGAACUGAAGAAGGCAAAGGAAAGCUUUGAACAUGCUUUAAACAUUAAGUUGAAAAAGCUUGGGCCAGAGCAUGUCGAUGUCGCACCUACUUACCAUAGAUUGGGUGACGUGCAGCGUCAAUUAGGUGAUAUGCAACAGGCCAAGGGAUAUCACGAAAAAGCUUUGGCUGUACGCCUGAGAGAUCUUGAACCCGAGCACGUUGAUAUAGCGAAUUCAUACCACCAUUUGGGUAAUGUGCAAUUUGAGUUGAAUGACAUGCAAAAAGCCAAAGAGCUCUACGAACGUGCUUUAGACAUCCAAUUGAAGAAUCUUGAACCUGAUCAUACUUUUGUGGCAUUUUCCUGCCAAAGUUUGGGUGAUGUACACCGUGAACGUGGCGACCUGGAACUGGCCAAGGAGUACUAUACACGUGCCUUAAACAUUCGACUGAAACAAUUUGGUCCUCAGCAUGAUUAUGUAAGACGUAUUCAGAAUCAGUUGCGUAACAUACAGCUUGCCUUGGAACACGGCACUUAACGUAAAGAGAAGGUGGAUUUAUUUCUUUCAGUGUAACCUCUCUAUUGAUCAAGUUCAGUCAAACGAGAAAGUGAAAAAGCAUUUCAUCUGCCAAGGAGUGAACGUUGGAACGACUUGGAACGAGCCAAAGAGUAUCACAAACGUGCUCUGGGCAUUCGGUUGAAAAAGCUUGGUCCCGAGCAUGCUACGGUAGAGCGUUCUCGCCUUGAGUUGGAUAACGUACAA